AUGGGGAAUAGAAACGUACCUGGACGAGGGCUCAAAGAGGGAUUGCGAUACGAGGCUCAGAGUCUCGGCAACCAAGGAUGGAACAGCAGAAGAGGGGAGCUGAGGGGGAAAGGGGGAAAAGGAUACUGGGUACCCGAAGGAUGUGAAAAAAAGCGAAUCGAGCGCUUCAAUGGAGCAUGGAAACCUUUUUAUGUGGAACUACGCAAUCACCUGGAGGCAGUGAAGGGUUACUUGGACACAAGACUGCGUUGUGAUAAAUGCCUCGUUCCCUCUCACUUAGCGAAGGAGGAACGAGGCCUGGGUAGUGAAUGGCGGAAAGUUGCGUCAGGUGCGGAGGCCCAGCAUUGGCGCGAUAGCGGGAUACAGAUAAGGGAUAGCAGAGAUAAUAGGAUUACGGCGUCUCUCGUUGUGGGCAGCCGUGGGCCUGGAACUAAGAGACAGGCAUUAAACCACGCCACAUAUACGGAGGAUAAAACAGGGGAAUCCUAUUCAGAGCAUAGUCAGUAG